CGCAACCGUGAAUAGCAGGCAAGUGUUGUUCUCGUCGUAUCUAACAUAACCUCAAAUAACAGUGCGUUUUCGGCUUUUCGCGACAUUUGAUAUUUUUCGGAUAGAAAUAUAAAAUAAAUUUUUGAAAAUUGAAUAAAAAUGCUGCUUUUAAUUGAAAGGAAGGUAUUUCAAAGUUUUUCACGAAUUUUAAGACGAUUUUCGACGAAUUUAGAAACAAAUUUUAAUGCAAAUGGAACAAGUGACAAGAAUGAGGAUCCUGAAAUCAGUAAUUCACAUUUAAAAUCCCUUAAGAUUGCGAUUAUUGGAUUACCAAAUGCUGGAAAAAGUACCUUGAUUAAUCAACUCGUUAAUAGAACGAUUUGUGCAACCUCAUCUAAAGUUCAUACAACUCGAAAAAAUUCCGAGGCAGUUUAUGUGGAAGGUGAUACUCAGUUGGUAUUUAUCGACACCCCGGGUUUAGUAUCAUCCGGAGACUUUAAAAGGUACAACAUGGAAGACUCCUUUAGAAGCGAUGUGAACCGAUCUCUCAAAAGGGCAGAUAUUGUGGGAGUCGUACAGGAUAUGGAAAAUUCCAGAGCGAGGGAGAGGAUCAGCAAACGAACUUUACCUUUGCUUGAAGCUUAUGGAAAAAACAGACCGACUAUUCUGAUUUUAAAUAAAGUAGACAGAAUAAAAAAGAAGAAACAUUUACUGGAUGUUGUUAAAAAUCUAACUGAUGAAAAAAGCUGGCCUCACUUCAUAGACAUUUUCAUGGUUUCUGCUCUGAAAAACGAUGGCGUUGAUGAUUUGAGGAAUUAUUUCCUCGAUUCUUCAAAGUGGAAAAAGUGGGACUAUGAUGCAGAAAUUUACACCGAUCAAUCUCCAGAAUUAGUGGUCGAAAGGACAGUGAAGGCAACGCUUUUAGAUGACCUUCCACAAGAAUUGCCUUACAAAUUAGUCGUAAAACUCGAGCAUUUAACCGUCUUAGAGGAAGGAACUAUAAGCUCACUUGUUCAGAUAUUGUGUCCCACGGAGCGAAUUUGCAAAGUUGUGCUUGGGCCUGGAGGACAAAGAAUCAAAGAUAUUUCCCUACAAUGCGAAAAAGCUCUCAGUAACGGUUUCCGAACUACCGUGAGGCUGACACUUGCAGUCUCAUCCGCCGAGAAAAAAAAUUAGCACAAUUAUUUGUAUUAAAGUAAGUAAUUAUAUACUAAGAUUUUGUUUUUCUAAUUCUAAGAGAAAGAAAUCUAUCCCCUUCAUGUAAGGAGAGUAUCACGAGAGUUUUAUAAUUUAAAUAAUAUUACAAAAUAUGUACAUAAUAACUUGUAAUAUAUGUAGGAAAAUAAAUUAGUUA